UUCACAAGAUACAAUCCACAUAUCCAACAACACAUUCAGAUUUAAAUGUUUACAAAAAAUUCAUUCAAUUCAGUCACAAUUUGUACUUUGUUCUGAUCAGUUCUGUCGUCAAUAUCACUCAAUUAUGCCGGUUUAUAAGCUUCAUUACUUCAACGUCACCGGACUUGGUGAGCCAAUCCGCUUCUUAUUUCAUUAUGGUGGCAUAGAAUUUGAGGACAUCCGUUACAACUCUGAGGACUGGCCUGAGAUCAAGAAGAACAUGCCAUUUGGUCAAAUGCCAGUUUUAGAAGUUGACGGCAAGAAAAUUGUUCAAUCAGGUGCAAUUUGCAGAUAUUUAGGAAAACUUGUUGGACUCGCUGGAGACAAUGACUUUGAGAGCAUGCAGAUUGAGUCUGUUUUGGAUUCUUUUAACGAUUUAAGAUUGAAAAUCUCAGCAGCACUUUACGAAGAAAACAAGGAAAUUCAGGCUGCAAAACGCAAAACUUUAGUUGAUGAAACGUUGCCUUACUAUUUGGGAAAAUUGGAUGAAAUUGCAGCUGAAAAUGAUGGACAUUUAGCACUGAAGAAGCUGACUUGGGCUGACUUGUACAUUGCAGCUUUCCAAAAGUAUUUAAAUUAUGCAAUGAAAGGAGAUUUUGACAGCUUUGAGGGAUAUCCAAAUUUACAAAAGGUUGUUUGCAAUUCACUCGCUAAUGAGAAGAUCAAAAAAUAUGUUGAGUCUAGACCUGAAACAAUUUGUUGAGUCAUUAUCGCCUGUUUUCUUGAAAAGUUGAAAAUCGAAUAAAAUUGAAUUGAAAUUUGAUGAAAAAUUGUGAUUUUUGUUAUUUUUUU